AUGGGAGAGACGAGUAAUACAGAUUCAGAAGUUUCGCCGGUGGUUUACGAGCCUUACUCGUGUGCCAGAUGCCGGAAACUUAAAAAACGAUGCUCAAAGGAAUCGCCCGUGUGCGCCAACUGUGCAAAGGCUGGGGAGCCCUGUAGUUACCCAGGAAGGGCACCAAGGAGGAGCAAGCGGGAACUGGAAUUGGAGCGACAGGGACUGGCCGCAUUGGCGAAUGGUGACCACAAAGCUAAGCGAAGCCACAGUAGCGAUGGAGAGCCGCUGACAGUCUCAUCAGAAGAUCUGGAGCGGAGCUGUAGCAAUUUCUAUAACGAUGUCCAGCACGAAAGCGACGCGGAACGCGAUAGUGCGCGUUCGUCAGAACCCGGCUCGGCUCUCAACCUCAAUAAUGUCGCUACCGAUUCCCUGGCAGCGACACUCCAAACCCCAGAGCAGAAACAACUGCAGCAGCAACAAAACGACGAUUUUCAGCCCAAUGGGGUGUUGUUCCAUGAGAUGCACAAACUAGACUCUAUCCCGAUCAGAGCGUCCUCUCUGCAGAUCGCCAAUGUUGCUGCCGUUUUCAAAGGUGGAAGACACUCUAGCAUGCUGCAACCGGACGGCCGAAGCAAACAUAUUGAAAGAAGGUUGUAUGACAGAUUCAUAGCCGCGUAUUUCAAGCACAACCACCGUUCUUAUCCGCUUUUGAACAAAAUCGGAUUCCUGAACAAAGUUUCCACAAUACACGAGUUCGAAGAAAUGGAGGGAAACUACGAAGAUACUUUUAUAUUUCAAUUGUACAUGGUAAUGGCAAUCGGAUGCACUACUCUCCAACGGGCAGGCAUAUUGAGCAAGGAGGAGGAAGACCUCAGCGAGCAUUUUGCAUACCUUGCCAUGCGAAAAUUUUGUCCUGUGAUGCAUCUGCAAAACGUCGAGACCAUCAAGUGUCUGCUGUUGCUUGGCAUUUAUUCGUUUUUCGAGCCUCAGGGCGUCUCGUCGUGGACCAUUAGCGGCAUAGUUAUGAGACUCACCAUUGGCCUGGGGUUGCACAGGGCCCUCACUACCAGAAAAAUCCAAUCCAUGUCGCUCAUAGACGUGGAGAUGAGAUAUCGUGCCUUUUGGAGUUUUUACAGUUUCGAACGACUGGUGUCAACUUCAUUGGGUAGAAACUCGGCAAUAGACGACGAUGACAUCAGCGUCCCGCUUCCUCACGCCCUGUACGCUGAAGAAACUGAAGACAUAGAGGUCACUAAGAUGAUGAUCGCACUGCGAAAGAUGGGCGGCGUCAUAUACAAGAAGGUCCACAGUGUGGGAGCAGGAAAGCAAAAACUGUCAGUGGAUGGCAAGCAGAAAAUCAUAGACGAGCUAAGAAAGCAGAUCGACGUACUAUACGAACAAGAGCGUGACAAGAUACGGGAGUCUAAUGCGAUCGUGUGUUCUAACAAAUCCAAUUCUUGUAUUUCCUUCCACACCUCCGAUAUCUGGCUUGCUAUGCGCUAUGCACAACUGCAAAUCAUGCUGUACCGACCCUCGGCUCUGAUUCCCAAGCCGUCUAUGGAGUCGCUGACGAUCUUGGGCGACUUUUGCUUACAAGCUCUGAAAUACACUUACGCACUGUAUCGAAAAAAGCUGCAACCUCUCAACUGGAUAACCUUGUUCCGCACCCUCACGAUAUGCAACACCAUGCUAUAUUGUCUGUGUCAGUGGAGCAUUGACUUGACCGAGUGCAAGAUCGAGAUUCAGCAGUGCGUUGAAAUCUUACAGCAUUUCGGAGAGAAGUGGGUGUUUGCGGCCAAAUGUGCUGACGUUUUCCAGACUAUCAGCAAUGCCAUUCUGGAUAUAAGUCUGAGCAACGGUCAAGUGCCAAACAUGGACGACCUCACCCGUGAGCUGUUUGGCGCGAGCAACGAGUAUCAAGAUAUUCUGGAUGAAAAUAAUGUCGACAUUUCCUGGGUUGACGGCCUUGUAUAA